AUGGCCCCUACUCGCACUCAAACAGUUCUCGUUGAACGUACCGUCAAACCCAGAAUUACUAAAAUGACCGCCAACCCCUCGAAAGGCCGCACCUUGUCGGAUGAGGCGAUGCCUGACUCGACUAUCCCUUUCCCAAAGGACCUGGCGGCGCGAUCCCGCUUCGUGUUGCCCGAUGGCAGGAAGUUGACUCCCCAUCAAUGGAAGGUGAGUGACGAUCACGAUCCGUCUACAUGUGGUCGGACGACCGGUGGGCGAGGCGUCUUCGCGCUGCGCCCGGAUGCGUAUCUGCUUGCUGACUUGGACCUUCUGUCCCCUUUGGCACCUGUGCUGGCAGGUGUAUGAUCACAUCUCGUCGAUUCCCGUAGGCAAGGUGACAACGUAUGGGCACAUAGCCAAGGUGUUGGACUCGUCACCACGAGCCAGUGAGUCGGAUCAUUCUCCUAUGCAUACAUCGAGCCUGGAGACUCUCCGCUGCGCGCUCAUCGCAUCAUCCUCGAACCGAAACAGUCGGCGGAGCGCUGCGUUCAAAUCCUUUCCAUCCUCACGUCCCUUGCCACCGCAUCAUCGAUUCCAAGCUCUUCAUCGGCGGAUUUCAAGGGCAAUGGGGCAAUAACAAAGGGGACGAGAACCAGAUCGGAGGCAAGGAAAUGAAGAAGCGCAGAUUAUUGCGCGACGAAGGUGUCGACUUCGACGGCAAAGGCAUCUUGAUCGGAGGUGCUGACAAGGUCUGGACGGGCUUGUGA